UAUUUCAGUCCACUUGUGAAGUUGAGCAUCUUGUUCGAUCUCCUCCAUUUAUAAAAGUAAAAGGAACAUUAAAAGUAAGAAAUUUGGCUGUGGAAAGAUCCUUUCCUUUUCCCCCAUUCCACUCUAUUCGUCGUCCUUUUGGACAGAAGAAGAGAAGUGCUAUGUUUUUGUGAAUGUUCAAAACUAAAGGGGCACAGUAUUUCAGUCCACUUAUACAUUUGCAUAUGUUAUUGAGCAUGUGAGAAUCUUGAUGAUCAUAAAGAGGAAGGGCUUUCUGGGGAAUGCUUUAUAUUUUCUGAAGGGAUUAUAUUAUGUUAUGAGAAGCAUGUUUACAAUUGUGCUUUAGAUAUAAGCUAGAAUAAAGUAGCCUUUUUGAUCAUUUGUUCUACCUUUUGAUUCUUCACGUUAAAUCCCUAAAAUAUUCCUUCCAGUAUUCAUAAACAUAAUUAUAUCUUUUUAAGCAUAUUUAGUAUACCAGAAGAGAGUGAAAUUCACCUAUAUAUGAAGCAGAACAAAGCACUUUAUUCCUUUUAUAUGUAAACUUGGUGAAAUAGACAUCCGUUCAAUCUUACAGCAGCUAGUCGUAUGAGCAUGAGCUCAAUGUUAUGUCAAACUUAAAUCAUUUUCGUCAUAGGAUGUCAACUUCAAUCAAUUUCUUCGUACUUGGAUCCAAUUAAUCGACAAAUCAUGGACAGAAAAAGACCAAGUCUAAAGAUAACUUGUUCAUUUUUCACUUCAAGGCAAGGUUUAGAAUAUGCUACUGUUCUAAGCCACUCUAUGUAGGAAUAUUUACUUUCCAAAAAGAAGAUGGAAAAAGGAAAGUUUCAUCCCUUGCUUCUGUACUGGCAUCUUCUUCUAGUUCACACAUCACAUUAUAAUUGUCGAUUGAAUUUCAAUGAUAUAGAAAUUCAGGGACAAGCUUGAUUGAGAAUCAACCAAAAUUAAAAAGAAAAAUUAGAAAAUGACUCACUUUUGGUUUAGUGGAACAACUCAUGUUCACAUCUUGAUAAAUGUUUAUGAAUAUCUUCCUGCUUUUACUUAUUAAUUAGUUAGAAGAACAUUGAUCAAUUUCACAUAAUUUCAAUAAGUUGUGCAUUUAGUGAAGUGACUUGUCCUAGUGCUUACUUAUUGUCUGCUGACUUUACUUACUGAGGCCUAAGUAGAACUAGUUUAUCCCUUUGUGAUGUAUAUGGUAUGUCAAAAAUGUCGACAGCAACUGCCAUUGCCACCACAUAGUAAGCUAUUUCGUUGUGCGUGUGGCAAUAUGAUUCCACUAGGCAAUAGUGAGAGGUCACUGCCAAUCCAAGAACAUGGUAGAUUCAGUUCUAAAAUGAGAAGAUUCAGAGAUAAAUUUAGGAAAAACAGUUCAAGAGAGAACAGCCGAUCUCCUUCUCCGAGUGUUAGUCCACGUUUGUCUCUUAUUUUUACAAAGCCAGCACCAAGUGGGAAGCGUGCACUUCUUUGUGGGGUGACUUACAAGAAGGAGAAAUUCAGACUUAGAGGAACACUGCAUGAUGUACACAGCAUGAGUGAUUUGCUCGUUCGGAAAUUUAACUUUACAAAUGACUCUAUUCUCAUUCUAGCAGAAGAAGAGGCAUUUAAACCUCCAACUAGGAGAAACAUCCUGCAGGCUUUCAAGUGGUUGAUGGAAGACCUUAAAUCAGGUGACUCGUUGGUGUUCUACUUCUCAGGACAUGGCUUACGACAACCUGAUUUUUGUGAAGAUGAACUAGAUGGUUUCGAUGAAACAAUCUGUCCUCUUGACUUUAGGACUAAUGGCAUGAUCAGCGAUAAUGACAUCAAUGAUAUUCUUGUUAAACCACUGCUUCCAGGUGUUACACUUCAUGCUAUUGUUGACGCUUGUCAUAGUGGAACUGUUCUUGACUUACCUUGGGUAUACAAAGAAAAUAGAUGGGUUGAUAACAGACCCCCAUCUGGUGCUAACAAGGGUACGAGGGGUGGUAUGGUCUUCGGUUUCAGUGCUUGCAGGGAUAAUCAACUAGCUGCAGAUACCUCUGCUUUCUCUGCUGAAAAAACUAUGAUGGGUGCCAUGACUUACACAUUUAUUAAAGCUAUCUGGGAAAUUCCAGAUAUAACAUACCAAGGAUUACUUGAUAAUAUGCAUAAGGCAAUUGAAAAUGUUAACGAAGCUAGAUGUCCACUGUUGAAGAUAUUUCAACGCAAGAUAGACCAGGAACCGGUGUUAUCAUCUUCUGAAAAAUUCAACACUGACAUAAGGUUCAAGCUCUAAUUUCUGCUGCAGAAAGACGAAUUUGGACCUAGAUAUUUCCAGUUCCAUCAUAAAAUGCGGGCGCGGGCGCUGCUAGUUUUAUACUCGUCUCUUGUAAUUGCUUCCGUUUCUUUAUCUUCCUCGAAAAUACGAUCCAAAGAUUUGUAUCAAACUCUCUUUGGCAUUUUUCUAUGCUCAUUCUGCCUAUAUAAUUUGUAUCUAUAUCUCUGAGUUAAUAAUUGCAAGUUUUCAAAUAAGAAAUUGUGUUCUGAUGGUGUC